AUGGAUUUGAAUGAGCUUCCUACAGAGGCAUAUGAUAUCUUCGAAGAUGUUAUUGAGACAAGAAGUCCUAUGUUUUGUACACAGUUCCUAGCGGUGAUUUCUUCACCUGACGAGCCAUAUGUUGGAAAGAUGUUUGAUACAAUCGAAGAGGCUAAGCUUUGCUACAAUGAAUAUGCUAGAAGGAAGGGCUUCUCUAUAAGAACCGGAACGUCUAGGAGGUCAGCCAUUACAAAGGAACUUGACAAGGUCUUGUUUGUGUGCAACAAGGUAGGCAAAGGUAAAAAGAGCAAGGGUGUUCAUGAAGAGAUCACUGAAGUUGAUGAUGUUGAGAUUGGUACCUCUAAAAGUAGUGGUUCUGAUUUGGAUGAACCAAAAGGGAAAAAGGCAAAGUGCAUAGGCAUCAAGAGGAAAAGAGAGAAGAUGAACUUAGUGGACAAACCAUCUCUUGCUAAGUUUCUAGGGUCACAUGCCGGAAUACCAAAAGAGGAAGUGCAGUUACUAACCCUUUUGCAUGAUUGCAAUUUGGAAAUGAGCCGGAUGAUGCAGCUCAUGUCUAAGCUGUAUGGAUCUGCACAUUCUGUACCUUAUCAUGAGAAGCAUAUUGAGUCAAGGCUUGGUGUGUACUUUUCAUCAAGAAAAGGCUUGGAGGAGGAGUACAAUGAGAUUGUGAACCAUAGCCUAAGUCUAGAAGAGUUUGAGAGCAGGUGGCAAGAUUUUGUCCACCAGUACAAAAAAAUCCAGGACAAGACCGAUGUAGCGGAGGAUAAGCAGGAUUGUAGGACGGACCAAAAGUUGCCUCCACCAUGGUCAAGGUAUCCUUUGGAGAAGCAUGCUAUUGAGGCGUACACAAGGAACAUUUACUAUAGGUUUUGCGCUAAACUUCAGAAGAUGGCACAGUACGUCUGUCAGCAAAUAUAUCCAAAUGUGUACCAGUUGAGCCCUAUUGAAGAUUUUGUUGGAGGAUAUGGCUCUAGGCCGUAUGAGGUUACUUACAAUGAAGAGCAUGCUGUAAUCAGCUAUCAAUGCUGCAAAUUCUAG